AUGCUCGCUAUAAAUACGUUAGCAUCACUGAUAUCUUCAAAAGGGCUUCUAGGACUCAGAUCUUUGGCUACUGUAGCAGGAACAAACGUGGCAGCAUCCACAAAAACCAGGGUUAGUGAUACCAUCCUUUCCAGGAGUCGCGAAGAUAUCGCUAAGGGGACAGCACAUUUUAGACUUGGUGGAAAGAAACUUUAUUUCCCAAAAGCGCGUGUCAUCCUAUUGAGACCCAAUGCAAAGCACACACCCUACCAGGCAAAAUUCAUUGUUCCAAAGUCUUUCAAUAAGCUAGAUUUAAGAGACUACUUGUUUCAUCUUUAUGGACUAAGAGCAAUGAAUAUAACAACUCAACUGCUACAUGGUAGGUACGCAAGAGUCAACUUGGGCACACCAAGAUAUAGAGAACCACAAAUCAAGAAGAUGACAAUAGAUAUGGCAGAACCAUUUAUUUGGCCUGAAGAACCUAAAAAAGAAGAGAAUAAUGCAUGGAACGAUUAUUUGGUGAAAAACUUGCAAAAAUACAGAGAAGAUAGAUUACGUCUGGGGUCUGAUGAAUUCAAACCUGGUACAGCCUUUGACGGAGCCGUAGGACCUUUCAAGCAAGUCGCACAGCCAUUCAUUCCAAAAUUCUUGGGUAAAAGAAUUGAAAACAAAAAAACCAGGUAUCAAGCCAAGCUUACACGCAUGAGGCAGCUAUCAAAACUAGACAAGUUUGUUAAUCUUUGA